GGUGGCGGGGUGAAAAUGGAGCGCAAUUAUCUCAAACCUAUAUCAUACCUAAUACUGUAGCGUGGAUCUCUGACAGUCUUCAUGUCAGAUGCUUGUAGUAUAUUAUUUAGGAAGGAUCAGCGAGGAUGUACUUACACCUGGUAGAUAUCGGCACUGUCUUGGGCUCCGCAGGUGCAUUUAAACUUGUGAAUGCCACACUGGGGCGGCUACCCAUUCCACGUGCUGUGGCCAAGAAGGACCCGUGGAGAUGGAGAAACAUUUCUACUUCAUUGAUUCACAGCACUUUGACGGGAGCAUGGGCUGUACUUAGCUUCUACCUGCAUCCCGAGAUGGCAGAGGAUCUCAUAUCAACGCACUCAGCGUUCUCCCACACCCUGGUUUCAGUUUCUACAGGCUAUUUUGUUUACGACUUCAUGGACAUGGUUCUGAACCAGACGUUCAGUGCAAACUGGGAGCUCUUACUCCAUCAUACAGUGGUCAUCUCCUGCUUCGGCAUCGCGGUGCUCCGGCGGCAGUUCGUGGGCUUUGCCGUGGUGGCCCUGUUGGUGGAGCUCAACUCCGUCUUCCUGCACUUGCGGCAGCUCCUGCGCAUAUCCGGCGCGGCCACUAGGGGCGCCCUGUACCGGCUCAACAGCACGCUCACCCUGGGCUCCUUCCUGGCAUUCCGCUUUAGCACGCUGGGCUUUAUGGCACGCUGGCUACUGCUCCAUCGUGGACGCGUCUCCACGCCGUUCUACAUCACCGGCGCCACCGGCCUGUCCGCCGUCAUGGUGAUGAACCUGGUGUUGUUCUACAGGCUGGUGGACAGUGACUACAUCAGGGCGGGGAGAGAGAGAGGAAGGAAGGAGAAUGGACCGGAGUGAUGAGGGGUCACCAUGGAGAUGGAGAAGAAUGGAUGGAGGGAUGACUGGUGGAGAGGGUAGAGUGUAGGGAUGGGUGAAGAGGUGAUGGAAUGGGGAAACUAUGCUCUCUCUCUCUCUCUCUCUCUCUCUCUCUCUCUCUCUCUCUCUCUCAUGUUGCCAAAAGAAAAUCUUCCAAAUUGGGAUU